AUGCGGCUCUCCUCGCUAUCAGCCGUGCUCGCCUCGGCGUUUGCGUGGACUGCGGCGGCCCAGGAUGACUACAGAAGCAUAACGAGCCGAUGGUUUGACUUUGGCGGAGAUACCAUCAUUCGAACAGACUCAUAUAUUCGCCUUACCUCCGAUCGACCUUCACAAAACGGCUGGCUCUUUUCACGAGUGCCUCUUACAGCUACCAACUGGGAAGUCGAGGUUGAAUUCAAGAUCCACGGAAAGAAUCAGCUCUACGGCGAUGGCUUCGCCAUGUGGAUCACGAAGCAGCGAGGCCAGAUCGGUCCCGUCUUUGGGCAUGCAGAUAAAUUCGAAGGCUUGGGUAUCUUUAUCGACACAUACAAGAACAACCGACCCGGUGUCGUCUUCCCCUACGUCAUGGCCAUGUUUGGCGACGGACAGGCGAGCUACGACAAGAACAACGAUGGCAAGGAGACGGAGCUGGCUGGUUGCUCGGCCCGAGGCCUUCGUCACUCGACCAUCCCCACCAAGAUGCGAUUGACUUAUUUCCAGGACAAGACGCUCAAGCUCGAGCUCCAGUACAAGACUGUCGGCGACUGGACGGUGUGUUUCGAGGUGGACAACCCUCCUGCGAUCCCCAACAUUGCCUACCUCGGAUUCAGUGCAGAGACUGGCGAGUUGAGCGACCACCACGAUAUCAUCUCCGUCUCGUCCAAGAAUCUCUACACCAGCCCGGCUAAUGGACCUGGCUCAAAGGGAUCCCAAAAGAACUCGUACAGGGGCAGCAAGACCAAUAGCAGCAGCAGCAACCAGAGCGGCGGAAGCUGGACAUGGUUCUUCACCAAGAUCAUCCUCUUCAUCCUCGUUGCAGGCGGUGGUUACGUUGGAUUCACCAUUUACAGGUCAAAAACCAAGAGCCACAGAUUCUAG